AUGUCCAGCAAGGUAGCCAUUGGCAGUGACAUUGGACAGGCCCGCCGGGCGGUGGAGCAACUAAGGAUGGAGGCAGGCAUCGACCGUGUGAAGGUAUCCAAGGCAGCUACUGACCUACUACAGUUCUGCACGGAGCAGGCCAAGAGUGACCCCUUCCUCGUGGGCAUUCCAGCUGCCACCAACCCCUUCAAGGAGAAGAAGCCCUGUGCCAUCCUGUGA